AUGUACGACCAUGGCGCCGCAACCGCCGCCUAUCAACCCUUUCUAUCCGGCGCGCUCCCCAAUGCCGACUUCAACGACAUCGUCGCUCGAUCCGCCAUGGGAGGCGGCUCCAAGCAGCGGCCGGCUUCCUUCAAGGCUAUCGGUAUCAGUUUGGCUAUUAGUUCUGGCUGCCUAAUUGGCGUCUCUUUUGUCUUGAAAAAGGUCGGACUCCUCAAGGCCAACGAAAAAUAUAAUGAGGUCGCUGGCGAGGGCUAUGGCUACCUCAAGAACUUUUACUGGUGGGCUGGCAUGACGCUCAUGAUUCUCGGCGAGAUUUGCAACUUUGUCGCAUACGCCUUCACUGACGCCCUCCUCGUCACGCCCCUCGGCGCACUCUCCGUUGUCAUCACGACCGUCCUGUCCGCCAUUUUCCUCAAAGAACGACUUAGUGUUGUCGGCAAGGUCGCCUGUUUCCUCUGCAUAGUGGGCUCCGUCGUCAUUGUGCUCCAUGCCCCCGAAACGUCCUCUGUUGGCAACAUCCAGCAGAUGCAACAGUACGCCAUAUCGCCUGGCUUCCUCACAUAUGCUGGCAUCAUCAUCGUCGGCUCCGUCAUCACCGCGUGGUAUGCCGGUCCCAGAUGGGGCAACAAGAACAUGCUCGUCUACAUCUCCAUUUGCAGUUGGGUCGGCGGUCUAAGUGUCGUCUCGACUCAGGGUCUCGGCGCAUCCAUCAUUGCCUGGAUUGGUGGAGAGCCAGAGUACAAGCACUGGUUCCUAUGGGUACUGCUUGUCUUUGUCGUCUGUACCCUGCUCGCCGAAAUCAUUUACCUCAAUAAAGCGCUCAAUCUUUUCAACGCCGCCAUGGUGACCCCCACCUAUUACGUCUACUUCACAAGUACCACCAUCAUCACAUCUGCCGUUUUAUUUCGGGGUUUUAAGGCACCAGGUAGGGAUCUGGCGACAAUAGUAAUGGGAUUCCUCGUCAUUUGUUCUGGUGUUGUGUUGCUACAGUUGUCCAAGUCAGCCAAGGAUGUUCCGGACACGGCCGUCUUCCGCGGUGACCUUGAUCAGAUUCAAACGAUCGCUGAGCAAGAACAGCCCGAGACAGAGCCCAAGGCGGACGCCAUUCGUGGUACUGCAGCGAUCGUGCGCAAGAUCUCCCAAGCACGCCAAAGGAUGGAGGAGAGAGAACUGGCGCGCUUGCGUGAAGAAAAAUCGAUGGAUACUCUCCAGCCGAUUGAAGAAAACGGCCAGCCGCAGUAUGAGUGGGACGGACUGCGACGACGCAAGACCCUAGUGUCGAGCACGCGCACACGUUCCGUCACCUCACCCGGUCCCGCGCCGUUUACGCCGCCUCCUCCCAGUCCCCACCCGCCCCUGGGCAUGUCCGCGUUCCCGACUGACCAGGAUGUGGAGGAGCAAGAACGCCCCAGCACCAUGUUUUCGAGCAUUGUCGGCACCAUCCGAGCACGCUCCCGAACCAAUGCGACUAUGCCUCCGUCAUACGGUGACGAGGAGUCGGGCCGCCCGCGGAGCCCGGGCAUCCGCCCGGUGCCACUGACGGAAAUUGUCCUCCCCAAGGACAACAACGACGAUGAAGCAGGUUCCUACUAUGGUGCCUCGCGCGAGCACGUCUUUCCGAGGGACACGGCCUAUCGGGGCGCGUCCGCGGGCAGCGGCACGAGCCUAGCGCCGCCGACGCCGCCGCCGCACUCGGCUCGCCGCCAAUUUUCGUUUCAGCGCGUCUUCCGCAAGACGCCAGACACUACUGAAGAGGAGCGUCUGGGGCUUGUCAAGGAAUUAGACGGCACGCGAAGCGGCGAGGAGGAAAACGACUACAAAGAUGAUGACCCGCAGAAAAAGGGCUUUGUUUGA